GCCUUUAUUUUAUUUCCUGUUUUCUUCCGUACAGUCGUUUUCCAUUGGGCGUAGUUUGCAAACUUCAUGAACCCCUCCUGAAAUAUGACUGCAAUGCUUCUUAAUAUAUCUUUACUGUACUCCCCUCUUGUUUUAAAAUAGUGUCGUUAAAUUUAAUGAAUUAACAAAUUAUCAACGCCAUGUCAACGCUUCUUGGUGGCGAGGUGCUUGUCAACUUGAUCAAUAAAAACAUAUACGUACCAGUUUUAACUCGUUGUACUAAAGGAGAAGUUUCAUUGGAGGAAGCCAUCCAGACUUCGUUGUGUGAGGUCAAGACUGUCUUUGUCGUUGGCCCUAAAGGUUCUGGCAAAACUACCACGUUAGAAAAGCUUUUUCUAAAUGGAUCUAAAGCCCAACAACUUCAGAAAUUCACCCACGUUUUCUACUUCCAAGGUGGUGACAUUAAUUCUCUUGAAGGUCUCAUUUCAUUAAAGGCGUUUUUGCAAUGGAGCUGUCUUCCCCAAUCAAGUCCACUUGCAAACUCUGAAAAUGUUUUGUUUAUUUUUGAUGACUUGGACAAAUAUAUUCACAAUUUAAAUCAAUCAGUCACUAAUCUUUGCUCUGAUCCAGACCAGACCACCACUGUAUCAUGUUUAGUUGCCAGUCUCCUUUACGGAUCUUUAAUACCAGGUGCAAGUGUUUUAAUAACAACCAAGACCACACCAAAUCUCGAUCUUCCGAGUGAGGUCUACCUUGAAGUCUUGGGAUUUUUGAAGGUACAGAGAGAUGCUUUCUUCCAUAAGUUCUUUACAGACCCAGAAGAUGCCAAGAAUGCCCUGCAACAUUUUGAAACAACUUUAGGGUUUUAUGAUUUCUCAAGGUCCCCUCAGUUUUGCUGGACAGUUUGUUCUACCUACAACUUUCUCAUCAAUUUUGCUACUAAGCUUCCUGAUACACUCACUCAACUUUUUGUCCACAUUUUGGCUCACUUGAUUGAGAAGAUACCACAAAAAGAUGCAAAGCAAAAUAUAGUGACAGCUCUUGGAAAGCUCGCAUCCUAUUGUGCACUAGGUUCACAUGUGGACUUUCAAAACGACAAACUUCUUGCACUUGGGCUUCUAUCAGAGCUCACUCUUAAUGAUUUUUUAUGUGCAGAUGGUGAGCCAAGCAAAGCUGUCUAUUCCUGGCAUUCACCGCUAAUCCAAGAAUUUAUUUUAGCUGUUUCUUUCUUUAUUGAUCCUACUUUGGAAAAUGUGGACAAGUUUUUAGAGAAUCAUAAAAAACACACAAAAUUUCUAAAUGUUUUUAUGGCUGGUCUCUGUGAGCAAGUUAACCGGAAAUCACUGGAAGACCUACUUGGACAAUUUAAACCAGAGCAGAUUUUGUAUUUUAAAAAUUGGCUUAAGGAACUAUGUGAAAAAACACUCCCAGGAUUCAACAAAAAGGACCACUGCCACUGCUUUCACCUGCUUUAUCAAAUUCAAAAUAAAAAUGUGGUGAAAGAAGUCAUAACCCCUUCAGCGAGACUCGGCCUCAGUUAUGGAGACCUCAGCCUGGUGGACUAUGUGGUACUGAACUAUGUAGUGAUGCAGCUUGGAGAGAUGGAGCAGUUGAAUCUAUAUGGGAUCUCAUGUUUGACAGAAGACAUAGCAGAAAUCCUUGCUCCAGCAAUGACUGUGUCGCAUAAGAUAAUGUUAAACCAGUGUUCGUUUGAGAAUGGUGCAGUUUCUCACUUGGCAUCUGCUCUUCGCAAUGGAAUCACUGAGGACUUGAAUUUGUCCCACAGCUCCCUAAAUGAUAUACAAUUUAAAAGUUUGUGCAGUGGAUUAAGCAACUGCAAACUGCAAUCACUCAAUCUUUCUAGCUGUAAGCUGACAGAGACAUUAUGUGAAGAUUUGGUGCCUGCUUUAUCCUCCACAACCUCCCACCUGCGUGUGCUACAACUUUUGGGUAAUCAAAUCGGUGACCAGGGUUUUAAAAGGCUAUGUGAGGCACUGCAAAGUCCACACAGCAAAGUACAGGAACUAGAUUUGCAGUUCUGCCAUGUGACUGCCAUCUCGAUGGAACACCUGUCGAUAGUAUUGAGUUCUGGUCCCUCACAACUUCUGAAGGUUAACCUGUCAAGAAAUGAAGUUGGAGAUACAGGAGUUAAAGCCCUGUCUGAAGGCCUACAGCAGCCAUUGUGUAAACUCGAGAGUCUCGGUCUUUCUGAUUGUGAGCUGACUGAAGCCUGCUGCCCUGAUCUGAUGGAGGCUUUGAUGUCUAAACAUUGUCCUGUGCUUCAACUGGAUUUGUCAGUGAAUGAACUUGGCCAGGAGGGGGCGCUGCUGCUGUGUAAUGCACUCAAAAGACCUGGCUGCCCCAUAGAAAAACUUAACUUGGUCAGAUGUGAUUUAACAGAAGUCAUUUUUGUUGAACUGGCUGCUCUGUUGAAGAGGGGGUCUCCUCCACUCAAGUGCUUGUCUGUGGGUCUGAAUAAAGUGGGAGAUCAAGGAGUCAACCAUCUCUGGGAGGCUUUAAGACAUCCCUCCUGUAUCCUGGAGGAGUUGGAUUUGGAAAUGACUGGUUUGACAGAUGCUUGUGUUGGAGACAUGUGUGCUGCCAUAAAAGCCUCAAAAACACUGAAGAAACUUGAAGUACACAAUAACUCCCUCACCAAUAUCUCCGUACCUGCUCUAGUCAGAGUCAUGCAAGACAGUCCCAACAUGCAACAAAUCAAUGUAAAGUACAAUGAUUUUGGUGAUGAAAUGUUUGACCUUUUUGAAACAUGUUCCAAAAUAAGAUAUUAAAAUGUAGUUCAUGAUGUGUCUUAUUUGAUCUAUAUAUAAUAUUAAUAAAGAAAUCUUUGUGCACCACAACUGCU